ACUUGGUGGUGACUUUUUUAUUUUAUUGAAAUGAUAGACUAAACUAUAGUCUAUCUGUGUGAAUAACAGUUGCUGAAUUCUGCUGAACUGAUUUAAAUAUAUCAUAUCUCAAUUACUUAGAAAUGGCAGAAGUGGAAGGAAUAAAAGAUUUGAAAAUAAGUGAACUAUAUACCAGCGAGAAACGAGGAUGUGAUAAAGAUGGACUUGGAAGUGAAGCAAGUCCAUUCAAAAGUGUGCUGAAAGCAUUACAGCAAUCUGGUGGAGAACCAUGGCCUGCGAUCUAUGUUGAUUCAAAGGAAGGAAAUAACUAUGAACCGAUCGCAAAAGCCCAACUAAAGAAGCAAGUUAAAAUAUAUCAGUCUGAAAAACGGAAGGAUGAAGCAAAAAAGAUUCGUGAACAAGAAGAUGCUGAACGAAGAGAAAAGAAUCUUGAGGAAGCAAAACAAAUUCAAAUACAGGAAGAUAAAUCAUUACCUGCUGCUAAAAUGGUAAAAAUACGAGAAAGCACAGAUAAGCGAGGAACAAGAGUGAAGAUAUUUGGUUGGGUUCAUCGCUUACGUCGACAAGGAAAAACUUUGAUGUUUAUCGUAUUACGAGAUGGAAGUGGAUACUUACAAUGUGUUCUACAGGAUACUCUGUGUCAAUCGUAUAAUGCACUUGUCUUAUCACCUGAAAGCACAGUAGCAUUAUAUGGCGUUGUAACUCCUGUCCCAGAAGGAAAAUCGGCACCUGGAGGUCAUGAGCUGAUAUGCGACUACUGGGAACUAGUUGGUUUGGCUCCACCUGGAGGGAUAGAUAACGUUCUUAACCAGGACGCUGAUGUGGACAUUCGUCUCGACAAUCGCCAUCUUGUUAUUCGUGGUGAACAAACAUCAAAAAUAUUGCGAGUUCGAUCCUAUCUAAUGCAAGCAUUUCGUGACCACUACUUUGCAAAUGGCUAUUCUGAGGUAACACCACCAUCUUUAGUGAUGACACAAUGUGAAGGCGGAUCAACGUUGUUUAAGUUUGAUUAUUUUGGAGAACAAGCUUAUUUAACUCAAUCAUCUCAACUCUAUCUUGAAACAUGUCUUGCAUCCCUUGGUGACGUGUUCUGUCUUGCCGAAUCAUUCAGAGCUGAACAAAGUCGAACAAGACGACAUUUAGCAGAGUACACUCAUGUUGAAGCUGAAUGUGCUUUCAUUACUUUUGAAGACCUAUUGGAUAAAUUAGAAUAUUUAAUUUGUGAUGUUAUCGAAAGAGUUAUGAAAACUCCUGCUGGACAAUUAAUAAAAGACCUCAAUCCUGACUUUGUUCCUCCAAAACGACCAUUCAAAAGGAUGGAAUAUUCUGAAGCAAUUAAAUGGUUGAAAGAACAUGAUGUCAAAAAAGAUGAUGGAACAUACUAUGAACAUGGUGAAGAUAUUCCUGAAAUGCCUGAGAGAAAGAUGACUGAUGCAAUUAAUGAACCCAUCAUGUUAUGUAAAUUUCCAGCUCCUAUCAAGUCAUUCUACAUGCAGAAAUGCGCAGAUGAUGCCACGCUGACAGAAUCAGUGGAUGUACUCAUGCCGAACGUUGGUGAAAUAGUUGGAGGAUCAAUGAGAAUGUGGGAUCAUGAUGAAUUAAUGAAAGCUUAUGAAACUGAAGGAAUUUCUUCAAAGCCAUAUUAUUGGUACACAGACCAGCGAAAAUUUGGAACAUGUCCUCAUGGUGGAUAUGGUUUGGGAUUGGAAAGAAUUUUAACAUGGCUUUGCAACCAAUACCAUAUAAGAGAUGUCUGCCUCUACCCUAGAUUCAUUCAAAGAUGUCAGCCAUAACAAAGUCAUUCCUGCUUAAUUGAAUACAUGUGGUCUCAUGGUAUUUCUUCAUUACCCACAAAUGGCUUUUCUGGAUUAAAUUCAAGUAGUUUCCCUUUGGUGCAAAAUGUCUGCUAUUUUAAAUCAAUAAAGCUAUUUUCUUGGAACCGGUAAUUGAGCUGUGUAUUGUCGUGUGUCACAAAUAUUGAAGCUUUAAUCCAUUUCUUAGGUUUUCUGAUCAUUUCAUAGUUGAAUAUGUCUUUGUGGUAAAAAAAAACAAAUGCUGGCUUGGCCUUGCAGCAACUAUUAUAAUUUGUUUUUGCAAUCAUUCUCUUAUCUUGUUGAAAAAAUAAAGUAACAAUAUGGUGUAUAGCA